AUGAAGGCGCCGCAAGCAGCACAGGUGCCAAAAAAUGCGAAAGGAGGGAUCUUAGUUUGUGAAGAGGAGCUCAAAGCCGCAUUCGAUUUUUUCGAUGUCGAAGGCAAGGGAGUCAUCACCGCCGGCGCAUUGCGAAAGAAACUUGGGGCAUUUCAUCGUUCGUUGAGCGCUAGGGAGGCCCGUGUUCUCAUGAAUAAUAAGGCGGAGAUGACGAUGGACGACCUCAGAGAGGUUCUGCUGGAAAACGAGGUCACAAACUUCGAUCCAGUUGCCGAGGCGUUCAAGGCUUACGACCCUUCUGAAACCGGUUUCAUGGACACGGAGAUCCUCAGGAGCAUAUUUGACAACCUUGGUUUCGGGAAAAUGUCGGACGAAGAUUUAGCCAUUCUCGUCGAGGCUGCUGACGGAGACGGGGACGGCCGCGUAGGAGUAUCAGAUUUUCGAGAAAUGUGUGGUUCUGUGGGCAAACAGGAGGCAAUGGCAACCAAUGCUGACAACCAAGCAGAGGACGCCGACCAAGCAAAGACAAGCUGA